AUGGAUUGCGGUAUUCAGCUAAGUGGACGAAUAGUGAAAAAAAUGGGGGAAGUUGUGACUAUUUUAAAAAGGACAAAUAAUUUAAAAAAUUUAGAAAAAUGGCUCAAAUACUGUUGUCUAAAUAUUCGACAUUUCAAAAAAUUGUUAAAGAAAUGUACUUGUGUUGGAACAAAAAGUCAUUUGGAAGCCAAUAUUUUUGCAAUGAUAAGCUUUCGCGAACAAAUAAAAUCAUUUUUACAUAAAGGUGGUAGUUAUGUUAAUAGAAAAAAAGUUCGCGGAAUGAAGUGGGAAGACAUCGAGUCAGCAUUCAAAAGUCGAUUAAGGACAAGUGUAAUAGUAAAUUUAAUUUACAAAGAUCCCAAAUAUUUUUUGAAGGAUGCUGUAAUGUUGUUUAGUACACGAAUCAAAAACAUUUUAAAUAAUUUUGAAAUGAUAAAGGUGAAUACAUCAUUAUGUUGUGAGUUUGUUAAGAGUAUUGAUAAUGAAAAUGUAUCUUCACUGAAAUGUUUUAAUACGAAGAAUGUAAUUAUUGAUCGUCAAACAGAUCUAAAAAAAUGGUUUUUGGCAAAUGUUGAAGGACCACUUUUAGCAGAAUUGGAGGAAUUUCAAGAACGUGAUAGUGGAUGGGCAUUAAGGGAGGUGGUUCAUUUAAGAAUACAUAUAAACAAAUGUCAAUUAUUAAGAGGCUCAUCAUAUAUAGAAUUACCAAAAUGUAUUAAAGCGAAACAAGCUUGUGUGAAUGUUCAAAAUAAUGAUGGAGCAUGCUUUGCAUGGGCAGUAACUUCAGCCCUAUAUCCAGUAAGAGAGCAUUCAAACAGAAUGAGCUCAUAUCCACACUAUUCGACCGUUUUGAAAUUAAAAGGUAUUAAAUUUCCAAUGACAUUGAAACAAAUCCCCAAAUUUGAAAAAUUAAAUGGGUUAAGUAUUAAUGUAUAUAUUUUGAAAUUUUGUAAAAAAGUGAAAUAUAGUGUUGAGCCAGCGUUUCUUACAUCAAAAAAACGGGUAAUUCAUGUUAAUCUGUUAAUGAUACAAAAUAUUUAUUUAGAAGAUCAUGAUGAUCAUUUUGAUUAUGAUAGUAUCAAACAUGAUAAUGAUGAUAUAACAAUUAAAUAUCAUUUUUGUUGGAUAAAAAAUUUGUCAAGGCUUAUAUCAAGACAAAUGAGUAAACACGAUGGGGCAAUAUACAUAUGCGAUCGAUGUCAACAAUAUUUUGUGUCUGAAAUAAAAUUAAUAAAACAUAGUGAAGAAUGUGAACAGUAUAAUAAAUGUAAAGUUGUUUUACCAAAUCCAGAUAAAAAAAUAAUGAAAUUUAAAAACUUUGCAAAUAAAGAGCGUACAGUGAUUUCUGUUUAUGUUGACUUUGAGUGUAUGUUAGCACCCAUAGAUAAAUGUGUUGGUAAGAAAGCAAAAUGUUAUCAAAAACAUAUUGCUUACAGUGUUGGAUACUAUGUGUGUUGUACAUAUAAAAAUGAACUAAAUUAUUAUAAAUCAUACAGAGGUGAAAAUUGUGAAAGAUGGCUUGCAAUGGAACUGAAAACUUUAGCGGACAUAGUUAAUGAAACAAUUGAAAAUCCUGUACCAAUGAUCAAAUUAAAUGCUAGUGAAAAAGAAAAAAUUAAGAUGGUUACUAAUUGUCAUAUUUGUGGGGAGCCUCUCUCUGCUACGAAUCGAGUUUUAGAUCAUAAUCAUUUCACAGGCGCGUUUAGGGGAGUAGCUCAUUCGGAUUGUAAUUUAAAUUAUCAUGAAUCCCAUACUAUACCAAUUGUAUUCCAUAAUCUUAGUGGAUAUGAUGCGCAUUUAAUUAUAGAAGAGAUAGCUACAGCCUUUAAAGGUAGUAUUAACUUAAUACCUCUAACAAAAGAAAAUUAUAUUUCUUUUAUAAAACAUGUGACAGAUGAACAAUCUCUACCAUCAAUUGAUAUGUUUUUUAGUACUUUAACUGAUUCAAAAAUUUCACUUGAUGAAUACAGACAUGCUCAAAAUGUGUGGAAAGCCUUUAAUAUACAAACGUUGGGUGAAUAUAGUGAUUUAUAUUUAAAAACGGAUGUUUUAUUACUUGCUGAUAUUUUUGAAAAUUUUCGCGAUAUGUGCUUGGAAAAAUAUCUGUUAGACCCCUGCCAUUAUUAUACUUUACCUGGGCUAACCUGGCAGGCAAUGUUAAAAUAUACGAAAGUUGAAUUAGAAUUACUAACUGAUAUUGAUAUGAUAAUGUUUGUGGAGCAAGGUACUCGGGGUGGAUUAAGCCAAUGCAGUAAUCGAUAUGCUAAAGCAAAUAAUAAAUAUAUGACAAAUUAUGAUUGUAAUAAAAAGAGUGAAUAUUUAGUGUAUUGGGAUGUGAAUGGUAUGUAUGCUUGGGCAAUGCAACAGUGUCUUCCGUUAAAGAAUUUUCAAUGGUGUACCGAUACUGACAUUGAUGUAAAGUCUAUACCAGAUGAUAAUCCUGAAGGAUACAUUUUUGAAGUUGAUUUAAAAUAUCCAGAUGAUAUACAUGACAGUCAUAAUGAUCUACCACUGUGUCCAACUCACGAAAAGCCUCCAGGGGGGAAAAGUAAAAAGCUUAUUGCAACAUUGUACGAUAAGAAAAAAUAUAUUUUGCAUUAUAGAAAUUUAAAACAGUGUUUACAAUAUGGGAUGAUUUUAGAAAAAGUACAUCGUAUAUUAAAAUUUGAUCAAUCAGCAUGGCUCAAACCAUACAUCGAUUUGAAUAUAAAAAUGAGAGCUGAAUCAAAGAGUAAUUUUGAAAAAAAUUUAUACAAGUUAAUGAACAAUGCUGUGUUUGGUAAAACUAUGGAAAAUGUUCGAAAAAGAAGGGUGGUAAAAUUACGAACCCGAUGGCUUGGUCGAUAUGGGGUAAAAGUAUUGAUUGCUAAACCAAACUUUUAUAAUCGUACAAUAUUCAGUGAAAAUUUAGUAGCAAUUGAAUUGAAAAAUCUAACUUUAUAUUACGAUAGACCGAUGAUUGUGGGAAUGGUUACUUUAGAUAUUGCAAGAACUAAAAUAAAUGAUUUUCAUCAUGGUUAUGUCAAAACCAAAUUUGGUAAUAAGGCUAAAGGAUUGUAUACCGAUACGGAUUCAAUAAUCUAUAUCAUUGAGACCGAUGACAUAUAUGAGAUUAUUAAAGCAGACAUACAUAAAUUUGAUACAAGCGAUUAUGAACCUAAUAAUAUUUAUGGCAUACCAUUAGUUAAUAAAAAAGUGUCUGGAUUAAUGAAGGAUGAAUUAAAUGGAAAGAUUAUGACUGAGUUUAUUGGAUUAAGAUCAAAAAUGUAUACCUAUAAGAUUGAUAAUGAUAAUGAAAAUAUUGUGAAAAAGAUAAAAGAAGAGAGUAAAGUAGCAUUAAGUGGAAAUGAUGAUAAGAGAUGUAUUAUUGAUAAUAGUUUUGAUACAUAUGCAUGGGGUCAUUAUAAGUUAAGAAACUAA